AUGUCAUACCGCACCCCUGUCAAAGACACUACCGGCCGUAGAAGGCUAAGUAGUCCUCAGUCCUUUGUUCCCAUGAUGCGUGAGAUUCAGGCGUACGACGAAGUGAGUGAUGACGCCUCGAUAACAAUGUCAAGUCAAACAUCUGACGAUGGCAACGAGGUUUGCGCAAUCACUGCGGAUAUCUCCGAGAGAGGUCUAACUGUGGAAGAUUCCGCAACCGAUGGCCAGGGUAGCAUUAGCACCCUCAAAUCAAACAACACGGAAACCACACAUUCGUCAUCGCACAACCUUUCUCAAUCACUCUUGGUCGUUGAUGCCUCAUCUGAUCACAGCAGCGAACAACCAAAGCAGGACGGCACAACCAUACAACGUCUGUAUCAAAACACGUUAACUCCUCUUCCCAUAAGACGUGCUUCGGACCUUCAGUGCUUUGAUGACCUUGUUUCAGAGCCAGUGCUGGUUCUGGGAGUGGAUAUUAGCCACCUCAACAGACAGCUUCAGUUCAUGGUUUGUGCAAGUGGGGUAUUUGCAUUCAGUCUUCUCUAUGGCUACUUGCAAGAACUGAUCUCAGUUCAAAUCUGUAAUCGACAAUUGGGCCUCUUCCUGGCCAUGCUGCAGUUCAUUGGGUACACUGUGCUUAGCUUUAUAAUGAAGGCCUAUGUAUAUGAAACGCAUCAAAAGAAACACAUGAAACAAAAAGAAACAAGUGGCAAACUGCUACAUGGUGGAUCUAUCCUAGCAGUGCCUUUUCUCAUGUAUCUGGGCCUCAGUUUAUUGAGGGCUGUGGACUUGGGCAUGACCAAUCUGGCAAUGCAGUACAUCAACUAUCCUGCCAAAACCUUGAUGAAGUCUAGCAGAGUUGUAUUCACCAUGAUAUUUGGAGUAUUCAUUUCGAGAAAGAAAUAUCAGUUCAUGGACUAUUUUGUGGUCUUCUGCAUGGUGGCUGGGUUGGCUAUAUUCAUGCAUGCAGAUGCAACCUCCAGUGCAGUGUUUGAACCAUCGGGAGUGAUCAUGCUGACAAUCAGUUUGCUAUGUGAUGGAGCCAUCAGCAAUGUGAGUGAAUCAAUCAUGAAGAAUUAUGGAGUGGGCCAGGACGAAUUCAUCUUCAAGAUGUAUUCCAUUGCUUUGGUGGCAAUCAGCACAGCAGCUGCUGUUAAGGGAGACCUACAACUAGGGAUUGUUUGGUUGAUGCAGCCUGGAACAUAUGAUGAGAUGAAACAGGGUGUCACAGCAGAAGAGGCAUCAUGGAGUGUCAAGGGGAAGAUAACAGUUAUAGUGCUUUUCAGCACAAUGGGUUUCUUUGGCAGUUCCUGCAGUGCAGCCAUCACCAAGAACUUUGGGGCACUGACAAUGAGCAUAACAUCCACAGCCAGGAAGGCGACAACAGUUUUCCUGUCAUUCUUCCUAUUCAACAAUGUUUGUACCUUGGAGCAUAUUGCAGGGGUGUCAAUCUUCAUAGUUGCCCUAACAGCCAAGAGUCUUAGAAGAAGGAAGGAUGUGAGACUAUCAGCAACACCGUCCAAGAUGAAGGAUCAGUGUUUCACAGACGUUGAAAUGCACGUUGAUUCCGAACUCGCUGGCGGCCACCUCUCAAAUUCUCUUGAAUCCAGCCCAGCUCGGAACCCAAGGGGCAUGAAGCUGUUAGAACGAAAGGUUAGUCUGUCGCCCCAAGGAAGGUUCUGUGGAACUCCUGGACGACGACACAAUGCUGCUGCCGGGAGCAGAUAUGCAUAG